AUGGACGACUGCAACUCAUUGACGUUUACUACUGCUAGCUCUUCCCCCUCCCCUUCCAACAUCGGGAAUGCCGGGGCUCUACCCUCAAUCUCUCAGGCUCAGUCCAGUUUGUCUCUUCAGCCUCAGGUAUCAUUAAGCGACGAUGAUGUGCUGAAAUCUCGACUCAUUCACCAUUACUCGACAGCUACAUAUCUCACCCUCUCUGUUAAACCUGAAUUUCAAUACAUAUGGCAAGUUGAGGUCCCUGGGAUAGCUUUCGAACACCGAUUCCUCCUGCCCAUGAUCAUGGCUGUGUCUGCCCUGCAUAUAUGCCGCAAAGGCUCGCCGGGAGUGCGUUACAUAGCAUACGGUUAUCAACAGUAUGAGGCAGCCUUGAAGGGCUCCUCAUUGGCUCUCUCAGAUAUCUCCCCAUCAAAUUGUCAUGCUCUUUAUGCUGUCUCGGCAAUUGGGUUUGUCUUCGAACUUGGCACGUCGUAUAACCAGGACAGUCUCUUAUACAGAGGGGCGGGUGUUCUUGCUCCCUGGAUUAUGCAUAUUCAAGGAGUUCGCACAAUCAUGCUGUCGACCUGGGCGCACAUCAAGGCGGGCGUUUUAGGGAUAAUGUUUGAUAGCGAGCCCUCGAGCAACGGGCCGCUAGAGCUCGAGUCAUGUGUGAAUGACUUUGUGGGUUAUAUUGAAACGAUGCCGCUUGCGCCAGAACAGAUUGCUGUCUACCGCAGUGCUGCAAAUGAAUUGAUUAAGUGGUCCAAAAUGCCUCAUUCUGGUUUCUUUGGAUGGGUAUGCUCAUUUGGAGAUGAGUAUGGGAGAUUGUUAGCGGGGAAAAACCCCUAUGCGUUGGUCAUCUUUGGUUACUCAUGUAUACUUCUGAGAACUGGAGGGCCCACAUAUUGGAUUAGUCGGUGGCCCGAAGGUUUGCUGCGGGAGGUAUACGGUUAUCUUAGUCCGUCCCUUCGGGGUUGGCUUAAGUGGCCGAUGGAGGAGCUAGGCAUGACCUGUCGUCAAGCUUUUCCUGCAGAAUAA